AUGGCAACUUUCAUCAGGGGAUUUGAAUAUCUUCAUGGUUUCUCCGAUUAUCCACAAAAAGAUUUUACAAAUUUCAACUUUAAUAAUUUCAAUUUAAAACAAUAUGAAUUAUAUAUUUUUGAUAGUUUAUCGGAAAGGACAAAUCGAACUAAUGCUUUGAAACGUAGUCGUGAAUUUGUGCGUGAAGAAUGA